AUGGCCGGCGUAAGUCAAUUGGAGAAUCCUUGGGGCCACGCACCCGCGAACCCCACUGUCAUCAGGAGUAACGUCACUCUUCUCGGUACCGUUUUCGCCGCGGCCUUCGGCAUGCAGCUGGCUUUCGACACCGGCUCCGAGCGCAUCUGGGACAACAUCAACCGCGGCCGUCAAUGGAAGGACAUCAAGCAGCGAUACAUCGAGGCGGCCGAGGACGACGAGUAG